ACGAGACGCGUACCUGCUCGAGUUCGCCCGCCACUCAGACCGGCGCGGCCAUCUUGAGGAACUGUACACCGAGACGAGGUACCCCUCAGGUGUGACCCAGCACUGGGCUCAGGUCACCUGCUCAACGUCUUAUCGUAACGUCUUGAGGGGGCUGCACUGUUCCACCUACGGAAAGCUCGUGACGUGUGUGGCAGGCCGUAUCUAUGACGUAGUUGUAGACCUGCGCAAGACCUCGCCAACCUACCUCCGCUGGUCGGCCGCCAUCCUGAGCGACAACAACCGCCGCCAGAUGUACAUCCCGCCGAACUGUGGGCACGGCUUCUACACGCUAGGGGAUAGAAACACCGUGGUGUACUGCCAGGGAGGGGUGUACCAACCGGCUACGGAGAGAGACUUGCUCUGGUUUGACCCGUUUGUGAACGUGUACUGGCCUCUAGAGACUAGUCAGCCACCUGUUCUCUCGGACAAAGACCGUUCCGCGCCUUGCCUAGAUGAAAACGAGGUUCAAGUUAAAUCCACUCAGAGAAAGAUACCUUGAUUAUUGGUGCAUCCCGGGUCCAAGUGGGCGGGGCACUCAUGGAGGCACUACUACGUCAUCGCUCGAAGGAGAUCGUUGCCAUAGGAACGUGUAAUUCAAAUCCGCGGGAAGGGAUGAUACCAUUCUGUCUAGAAGAAGCGGGAAGAUCUGAAGACGCGUGUCGGGACCUCCUGACUAUGGUUCGCCCAUCAGUGGUCUUCAUUUGUGCGGCGUUCACGUGGACGGACGGAUGCGAGAGGGAACCAGAAAAGGCCCAACUGGUCAACUGCACCGCUGUAGUUAAUCUCGCCCAAUGCGCUAAAGUCAUCAACUCUAAAGUCGUUUUCUAUUCUACCGACUACGUUUUCCCCGGCAGCGAUGGCGAUGACACCCCUGGCGGGGGCUACAGCGAGUCGUGCCCGUGUAGGCCACUUCAGACGUACGGUGAAACCAAGUAUCGCGCCGAGCAGAAGCUGCUAACCGUCCAUCCACAGGCGCUUAUUCUCAGGACCUCCACAGUGUUCGGUCCUGAGGAGCAAGGGAAGAACUUCGUGUACCAACUCGUCUCCAACGUGACGUCAGGGAAGGACAUGGCGCUCACCAACGUCAAGUGCACGCCCACGUACAACAGGGACCUGGCUGCCAUGACAUUGAAACUGAUUGAAAACGGUUGCUCCGGGAUCUAUCACGUGAUCGGAGACGAAGCUAUGGCCAAGAUGGAGUUCGCUACACGCGUGGCGCGCUGUUUGGGUAUCGACACGUCCAAACUUCGGGUGACCAGUGACAAUGAUGGCGGCAGUCGAUGUAAGAGGCCAAAAGACGCCAUUCUUUCUUCUGAGAAGAGGAAAAAGGACCUGCCUAACUUCACGUGCAAGAACGUGGAAGAAGCUAUCACCGACUGGUUAGAGCAUAGCGCUGGGAAAUCGCUGAUGUCUUAGCUGUAGUUCAGUCUGAUGAAAUGAUGUUUCUGCCAGUUUAAGAGUACAUAACUAAUUGGGUCAAAAGGGAAAAAACGGGUAAUACAAUCAGGUACCAAGAGCUGUCAUUUUAGCGAACGAAUGUGUACAUAUUUCAAUUUUUAGACAUGAGCAUAUAGGUAUACUUAAAGUUAACAGCAGCACAACAAUUGUCUAGCUAAGCUUACACACUUUUAUGCAACAAAAUAUUUUAUCAACUUAAAUAUAUAGAGUGUACGAUCGCAAUAUAUAGCUUUUACUAGAACUUGGUCAACCAAAUGCCCAAUUGUCCAUUUUAAUGUUAUUUCUUGCUAUGUUGAAAAACUGGAUUGUUUUAUGUAAAAGAUUUAUCCGUGAAUAACAAUCAUACUUUUUGCCCUUGUUGUAUACGGAGGACUUGCUAAAAGAAUAUAUUGAAUUUUUCUACGUGUUUACUUCUUAAGAUGGUUAUACAAGGCCGAGCCCAUGUGGUAAUUGUAAAUUUUAAGACGCAGUAUAAACUUAGGUAAAAAAAAUCGGGUGAGGAAGAAUUUGUGCUCAGUUUGAAAUGCUUUAGUGUAUGCAAAGAUAAGUUAGACAUAAAUUAAAGCUAUU